CCUCCUCCAUCCCUCCUCCACAUUUUCCCGGUGCGUCCCGCUGCUGCUGCCUCCGUGUCUUCCGUGCGGCAGAGCGCGGCCAUGGUGGACUCUCCCAGCGUCACGAAGAACUUCUCGGUCCCGGAGAUCAAACCCCUGGACCAGUACGACUUUAACCGGGCCAAGAUCUGCGCCAGCGUUCGAUGGCUGCUGUCGAAGUCAUACGGCUCCGCAGAAAACGUUCCUGUAGAGCUCCGAGAGCCACUGUACAAGGACCAAUAUGAACAAGAGCACCUCAAGCCGUCCGUCUUGAAGCUGCUUCUUUCUCCAGAGAUCUACUGUCGAGCUCAGGCCCUGCUGGCUCAGGCGCAUGGGGUCUCUCUGCCGGCGUCGCAGGAGUCCCUGGCCGACAACUCAGCCCUGCUUCAGUUCCUCAUUAAGAAAGGUUUCACCCCAAAGGUCCAGGAUUCAGAUGUCACAGAAGAGGACCUUAGCAACAACCCCAUCAAGACGAAAGCCCAUCUCGCUCUCAUCGACUCGCUGAUGUCACUGGCUGCCAAGGAGACAGUAGGCUGUGUGAAGAUGGCAGCGGAGGUGGAGCAGAUGGGUACCGGGACUCCAUGGGAGAAUGCUCUGCUCUUCUGGGUCAACAGGUUGAACCAGAUAUUGAGAGAAAGCACAGAAGAAGAAGAGCCCUCCAAGUCACAGACAUCUACAGACCUGCAGCCAGUUCAAGAAACGUGUCAUUCCAACCGCUGGUACUGGAAACUAGUCCCCCAUGCUAUCGCUUUUUGUUUGAAGGAGUCGGGGAAUAAGCCACCAGUGAUCCGCUAUAGGAAGGACAAAGUGCAGUCCAAGCUGACUCCUACAUUCCCUCUGGUCUCUGCGGUCAAAGAUCUGUCUAAUGGCUGCGCAAUAGCUGCUGUAUUGCACUACUACUGCCCCAGCUUGCUGCCUCUAGAGGAUGUGUGUCUGAAGGACACUAUGUCGGUGGCUGACAGUGUCUACAACCUGCAGCUCAUCAAAGAGUUUUGUGAGAGCAAUUUACAGAGCUGCUGCCCCCUCGCAGUGGAGGACCUGCUCUACGCUCCUCCGGCUCUGCAUCUGAACAUCAUGAGCUUCAUGUCUGAGCUGUUGGACUGGUUUGAGGUGAAGAAGCCUGAUUUUGUCAAGCCAGUACAACCUAUUGACCUAACAGAUGUCUCAGGAUUACUCGACUGUAUAAGUCCUCUCAGUGGGAACGGCAACAGUGGUUCUCCGUCUUACAUCUUCAAACAACCUUUUGUGCCCAUCACCUCUCCAGUGUCACCAGAAAACAAAAGUUGGACAAAGAAACAAAUCAGUCGUCCUCUGUCAGCAGUGACUUUCAGCAUACCAUUUGGCCUGGACAGUGAUGUUGACAUUGUCAUGGGAAACCCAAUAGAUUCUGUCUUUCGCUCUGUCAGCACUGACAACCUCACCACUGGCAUCCCUGCAAUGACCUCACCGGCGGCACCAGCAGGGAUGACUCAUGUCCCGUAUAGCCCUCCAGAGGACCUCAGCCACCUGGUCAGCGCUUCAGCCCCAUCACAUCGGUCUUCUUGGGGUCCUUAUGCACAUGCAGCACCACUGGGGGAACUGCCGACCAUUGAGGAGGCGCUACAGGUGACUCAUGUGCCUGGUGGCAAAGAUCGGAAGAAGGGAAGAGCAGCUGAGAAAACCACAAGGGGAGUUUUAGCAGUCAGACCGGAGCCCAGGUUGCGCCCCGAGGGAGCACCUGCAGGUUUCUUUCUGCACUGCCCUGAAGAGGAAACCCCCCAGCUCAGCAGCUCUGCUCCCUGUCGUUCAGGAGUCCUCCAUCGGCCAGUUGGAGGGGAAGCUGCUGAUGCUGAAAAGCAAAGUCGGAAAGAGAGAUCAGACCGGAAUACUGAUAUGUCACGCGAUGACGACUCUGUUCUACGAGAUGGCAGCAUUGACUCCUCUGAAGCAUCAGAUGAUACACCCCGAAAAACCCCUGGUAAUAUUCGGCCCACUUAUGGUCGCCAGGGAAACCAUAGUACCAACAAUAGUCCACGCAUGACAAGCUUUGCUGAACGGCGAGACAAUCGCAGAAGACAUCCUGCUGCUUCUGGAGAAGAGCCAGCUUCUUCUCCAACUCCAGUAACCCCAGGAACUCCACAGACACCCUCCACACCAGCAGGUGUCUCCUAUCACCAGGACAGCCCAGGCCCCAAAGGGCCUGAACCAGGCUCAGAGGCCUGGGAGCUGGGAGCUCGCCUUGAGGAGAAACGCAAAAGCAUUGAAGCGCAAAAACGGCGCAUUGAAGCCAUUUUUGCCAAACACAGACAGAGGCUUGGAAAAACUGCUUUUCUUCAACUGAAAAGAGAGCAAGGGGAAGGAGGAGUAGAGGGAGCGGAGGAAGAUAAUCUGACCCUGGAGGAGCGUCUCACUCACAUGGAGGAACAGCUCAAACAGGAGGAGGAGAAAGAGGAAAAGGAAAAAGCGAAGGAAACAGACAAAGAGAAGAUGUCUGCUUCCAACACUCCUCGGUUAGAGAAACAGGUCACAUUCUCAAUUGAAAGUAAGAAAGGAGCAGAAAAAGAAAAAGGUGCAGAAAAAGCAGGCGAGGUUGUCAUAUUGGAAUACAACGAAGUGGUGCAGAAACUGAGUGAAGCUCUGCAGUCGUUGCAGAAGGACAUGCAGAAACUUACAGAACAGCAGCAGCAGCUCAUGAGCAACCAAAGACCCAGAAAUACACCCAAGACUACUCCAAAAUCUUCUCCAAGAAAUAACACCAAAACACCGCCCAAAACACCUCCUCACACCCCAACAAAGACACCACCAAGAACCCCGACACGGACUCCUACCAGGACUACCAGUAAAGCCUGGAUGAUUCCUGCUGUGCCCAGUCCUCCCUCAGCUUCUUCCCCAUCACGCCGCUCUCAUGUUCUUUCCUCUUCCACCUCUCCAAAAUCUAUCAUUUCUUCCUCCUGCCCAGCUCCGCGAACUAAAAUUCACUCUUCCUCAACUCCACGCAGCCCCAAACACAACACCCGUUCUCAGCAUCAACCCCACCCACGGCCCUCCGAGCUCAAGUUCCCUCCGCUCAAUCGUGUUUUGACACCAACCCAGAAUGUGGACACGAUCCCCCAUCUCCGACGUGUGUCACCCAGCAAGUGUCAAGUCCAGACCUCCUCUUCUUUCCGCAUUGGUGGGCCCAAGACCCCUCAAGAGUCUCCUCAGCCUACCCAGCAACCACAGCCUGAGGAGAAUACCUCAGACACAGCCUCGAGUGAGACACCCACCCAGUUCAGUCUGGAGCUGGAGCAAGAGGAUGAAGAAGCAGUAGGAGGGCUGCCAAUCCUGCCACAAUCCCGACAGGAGCGCCGCAGGGCCGCUGGAGGCAGCAGCUCUGGUGCUCCUUCUGAGUGCUCAUUUGAGAGUGACACCUUAUCCCUGUCUGCUGCGUACAGCGCAGGAGGAGAAGGAGGAAGAGGUGGAGGAGCAGGGAAACCUUGCAGCCUGAUUGAGGCGUCGUCAUCGUCUGUUGGAGGGCCUGAGGGGGGCAGUGAUGAACCAACUGAUGAGGGACAAGAGUUUUCCUCUGACUCUAUGAGCGACCAAGCAGAAUCUGCAACUGAAGCUGCCAGAAAACUCACAACAGAACCCUUGGAUCCGAUUGAGCAGUUUCAUCUGGCUAUGGAAGCCAGGGAUCUGCCAGAGCAACAAGCUGAAGCCACAGAAGAAGACAUGACGCACACUGAGACCCUGGAGCCAUGUGGAGGGCAGAAUGCACCUGGAGCCAGAGGAGGAAUUGGAUUCUUCUUUCAGGGGGAGGUACAUAGUGAAGGGGACAUGGCCCAGCGUAGAGCACUGCUGCUGGAAAGACAACAGAAGAGAACAGAGGAGCUGAAGAAGAGGAGACAGUGGCAUGAUCAAGAAAAGGAAAACCGACUGGCAUCUACAGACAAGAGAGUGGCGUCUCCCUCCAACACACCACCUGCAGGCACCACCUCGCCAUCCCCCACACCUCCGGCGACUCCAGCUCGCCGUGGUGAUUUCACACGAGUGGAGUAUGCACGAAGACAACAACUUCGAAUUAUGGAAGACCUGGACAAAGUCAUCAGACAGAAAUCAGCCAAUCAAGGCCGAUCAUCCCUUAAAAAAACUCGCUCACGGCCUCGCAGCAUGACCAGGGAGGAAACGAAGCUGUCUCUGAGUCCAGCCAAGGGAGCAUCUGGCUCUAAGCUGACAAAAGUGUACUCUCACUCCUCACUAAACCUUGCAGCCACCGAUGAAUCAAGAAACAAUGAUGGUGCCUCCACAAAGAAAACGCAGAGCAGCGGUCUUGACUCACCGAGCAGACUGGCAAAUCAGAACGGAGACAAUGACUGGGAGUCUGGUUCCAAUGGUACCUCGCCUGCUCCAGAAUACACAGGUCCAAAGCUCUUCAAAGAACCAAGCUUCAAGUCCAACAAAUUCAUCAUUCACAACGCUCUGUCUCGCUGCUGCCUUGCUGGGAAGGUCAACGAAACUCAAAAAAACAAGAUAGUUGAGGAGAUGGAGAAAAGUCCUGCCAACCAUUUCCUCAUUCUCUUCCGUGAUUCCAGCUGUCAGUUCAGAGGUGUUUACACCAUGAAUCCUGACUCUCAGGAGCUCAUACGACUGGCCGGUGUGGGACCACGGACUGUUAGCUCCACCCAGGUGGAAACCAUCUAUAAAUACAGUUCAGACAGGAAGCAGUUUAGUGCCAUCCCCUCAAAAACCAUGGGCAUGAGCGUAGAUGCCUUCACCAUCCCCAGUCACCUCUGGCAAGGAGGAGGAGGAGGAGCAGGAGGAGGGAGCAGGAGAGCAAGCAUCACAAAAAAGGUGGCCAUUUCCAAGUGAAGACCGAAAAAGGAUAUUAGACUAGUACAUCGUUAAGCAAAACACUCUAAUUACAAUGUAAUUACAGUGGUAACUAGUCAAACACAAAAGUAGUCGUUGUGCGCACAGAUGGGUCCAUGUGUCCACCUUACCUCUCUCACCCUCAGAUUAUUCUCAAAAUACAAGUUCCCAUUCUCCUCCAUGUCCAUAAAAAUGUCCACUGCACAACUUUUAGAGGAAGGUUUUGUAAAUUUGUUAAGCGCACAAAGGUUUCACUUUCAAAAGGCCUCAUACAUACAGUAUACUUUAAUUGUUUGAAGUAAAUACUUAAUUUUUUCUUUUGACAUAUUGUUAACAUAAUGUACGGUUUCUGUCCCUCUCCAGCUCAGUCUGGUGGACUGAAGUCCUCCGAAAAAAGACGUUUUAUACAUAAAGCCAAACAAAAAGCAAAAUGCCUUCGUGUCAGGGUGACUGACUGGACUUUUAUUUUGUAUGAUAUCAAUUCUCUGUCCGCUAGUAGGUGAAUGAAAGCACAUUUGUUUUUCUAAAUGAAAGAUAGCCAUAAACAUGAUACAGAGAUGACCUUUGUUUUUGAACAUCUGUAAAAUCUGUCAGUGGUUUUCAGAGGAUUACCACAGCAUGAAUGCUAGUUUACUGUGUGGUAUAAACUUAUUUCAGUAUGAUAUCACAGUAAAAAUGUGUAGUUUAAUGAAUCUGGUGGUAUGUGAGCAUUAGAUGCCAGUUUAAACAAGUUUUCUACAUCAAACCGACAGCAUAUGGUGAGUCAUGUGACAUGCUCACGUUGUUGGGUAAUGAUGGGUACUGGUAGCUGCUUCUGUUUCUGAACUUGUCCUAAAGUCUGCUGCUAUUGAAUCCCAUAAUGAAUCUUUUUCCUUUUCAAGUGAUUUAUUGUCUCACUCCAACACUACAGCUAUUAAUAAAGAGAGAAAACUGUGACAUACAGUGCAGAAACAAGCUUUAACUCAGGGAAAUGGUUAUUUGAAUAAACAGGACAUAAAUAAACUUAAAUGUACCAGAUUAUCAAUAUUCUCUGUUUAACAGUAGUUCAGUAAUUGCAGUAUGCAUUUAUAGCUUUUCAUUGUGCUGUUUGGAGGUAUCUAUAUUGUUACUUUCUCAUGUUUUCCAGAAAGGAAAAGGAAAAAUGUCGUCAUUGCGGAUAUCGCAUUAAAAACAUGCUGGAGUCAAACAGAAACUGUUCAUAUUUUCUGAACAAGCUUAAAAAGAUUCAGUAAGGAAUUCAAUAGAAGUUGAUAAGCAGAACUUAGAUCUGAUAAAAUGCUAUUUCAGCCCAUCUCCACUUUUGGUGGAGUGUGCGCUGUUAACUGGUGUGUUCCAGACCAGCAUACAUGUAUCAAAUAAACUGGAUUAAACCCAAAUUAUCAAGCUA